CACGGAUCUAGUUUUUGCGAAAUUGGUAAAGGCAUAUGCGAAAGAAAAUAACCUGUACAAUGGGAGAUGCGUAAUAUACUCAACAUCUAAAUAUUUAAACCUGCAAAGAUUAAAACCGAGACAUCGCGAUGUAAUACCUGCAUCAGUGUUAAUUUGAUGAAUGCUUUUGCAAACAGUCCAAACUAAAUUCAUACCGGUCAUGUGAAUAUGAACUGACGUUUUCGCUUUAACAAUAAUUUCAGUGGAUGAUGAAGUCUGUCGGGUCAUGGUUUUUAUGAUAAACAAAGACAACUACGAGUCCCGAGCGAUAAAAACAGUUUCUUGUGUCAUACGCCAUACGAUGUGAAUGAGAGCACAAUGCGGGAGGCAAAACGAUAUUAGCAUAACUUUCCCGGUUAGCUUAUUUUUUUCCACACUAUGCAUACCUCCAAGCUGUAAAGUUAUAACGCAGGUGCUUCACCGUUCCUCAGAGUUUUAUUACUAACAUUGAUUUUACAUUUCGACGGAGACAUCAAGGUCGCACUUCUCUCAUUAUUUCCAUUAGGGUAUCCGCACUAACGUUAAAGUGCACGUUGAAGAAUGCCAGGUGUCAAAAUUAAUUCAGAGCACCGCAAUACUCUUGUAGGCCCCGAGUUGCUUCGGACCGUUAAAUUCUAUGUCUCGAUUUGACGUUGAUUAUAGUUUCCGCAUAAUUUGUUAUACUAGACGACAUAACGGCCGCUGCGGUCACUUCUCCUUAUGUCAGCUGAGUGCACUCGCAAACAUAUAUUCUAUUCUAGCAUUAUUCGUUUCAGCAGGCGACUGCGGAUUGAGGAACGUCUCUUCAGGAAAGAUUGUGGGGGGAAGACCAGCCAAGCAAUGCGAAUUUCCAUGGCAGGUAUCACUUCAAGUGAACGGUUACCACUUCUGCGGAGGAUCAAUCAUUUCUCCAGACACUGUCGUCACUGCUGCGCACUGCCUCAGCGGAAGGAUAAACCCCGUUAUGCUAGACGUCGUGGCGGGCAACGUCGACCUCAAGAAGAGGAGCGCGCACUACCAACAGCGUCGAGUGAAGUCGUCCGCUCGGCACGAGAACUUCGGCAAGCGAGGCAUGCGGGACGACAUCGCGCUGCUCAGGCUGGAGCAGCCGUUCGACUUUGACGGCUCCGGUGGAUGCGUGACCGCGGUGUGCCUGCCGGACGCCGGCCGCAAGAUACGCGACGCCGUUGUCGUGUCCGGUUGGGGCACCACGCGCGAAGGAGGCCGUAUCUCAUCAGAACUCCUCGCGGUGUCCGUUCGCGUGACAAGCGACGCCUACUGCGCGCUGCAGUAUGUGCAGCCGGGAACUCUGGCCAGCGCCUACGACAAGGAGACGAUGUUUUGCGCCGGUGAACUGCUGGGUGGCAAAGAUUCUUGUCAGGGCGACUCCGGUGGACCCGCAAUCCAGUUCCAAAACGGAACAUCUGUGCUGGUGGGCAUAGUUUCGUUUGGACGAGGUUGCGCUCGCCUCACGCAUGCUGGCGUUUACACAAGAGUGCCCAACUAUACUGAUUGGAUCCAAGAGCAUGCCAAAGAGCUGUGAUCACCGGAGAACUUUCCCUGUUUCUUAUAACAAGAAUAUAUUACAUCAGAAGCUUAUUAUCAGCUGCUAACGUUCCAAAAAAGACGGUAAUGGUACAAGUUAUGCACGGACAGCCUCCUGCGUGCUUGUCUGAGCGUGGGAUUAGUGCACACGAAAAUGCAAUUACAUCACCUACUGUAAACCCCUGGUUCGAAACAACUUACUUGUACCAUGUGUUUCUAGACGUGAUAUAGCCACCACUAGUUUUGGUUCUCAAGCUUAUUGGAACCCAUUACUUCCUUCUAUGAAUGACUGCGCCUCACGCCAGGCGUCCUUCGGCGAUCUAUCCAAGAUGCAAAGCGAACGCGUUUCUUAUCCCUUCGUGUUACACAUACUAGAAAUUUACAACGGCCGUUGCCAUUGCGCAGAAGGCAGUGCGGCUAACAGUGACCUAUAAAUCAGACUGCGUUCGCUAUAUGAAGCAACUUGUCUCGAACCAGCAACCUCCUGAGAAUGGCUCAAGUGGGCUGUGAAGCGUAGUUUUCCGAGGAACCUUAGUCUCCAAAGCGCAUAGUUCACGCGUCAUAGAGAAGUGCACUGGGCCCUUGUCGCAGCAAGUCAUACCCAACAUGUCGCGGCCGAAGUGUCUUCGCCAUAGAAAAGAACUUGACACCCACGGUGAUAAAUCCGACAUAAUAAACGACGUUCUUGUCUGCUUUGUUCGUUUUAUAAUUUA